CACAGAUCAUCUGUGUUCCUUAGUCGCUAGUCAUGAGCUGUGGCGAUGAUGUGGUUCCUUCUGCUCCUCCACAGCUUAGCUCACUUUGGGCCGGCAAGCUCAUCAGAUCCAAAACAAGGCAAGAUUAUCCUACGGAACCUACAGAACAAAGACAGCCCCUGUAAAGGACAUGUGGAAGCUUAUUAUGGAAAUGAAAAGGGCUAUGUUGGAGAUAAAUACUGGACCAAGACAACUGAAGAAGUGGUGUGCAGGAGCACACACUGUGGGAAACCUGAGAAUGGCACAAAUGAUGUGUACAGGCCCCUCAACACCAAAGUCUGGCUCAACGAACUGCAGUGUCAGGGGAAUGAGAGAAGUCUGUGGGAUUGCGACGGUUGGCCUGGUCCAGAAGUGAGUUUUUACAAAAAGCCCACAGUGAAAAUGGUCACAUGUUCAAAUAAGAUCAAGAUCAACCUGAAACCACAUAAAUGUGAGGGAGCGGUCGAGUACACUGUUCAGUCGACCGGACAGCCAAAAAGAACUGGUUACAUCUGCAGCAACGGGUUUGGAAACGAAGAGGCAAAUAUGUUGUGCAAAAACUUUGGGUGUGGGGGGGUCGCAGAGAUUUUAAGAUCUGAAUGGAUUCAUUUGGAAGACUUCCAAAAUGUGGAAAGGAUGGAAAUAAACUGUUCAGGCAUUGCUAAUGUGACUCAUCCAUGGCAGUGUGUACAAUCAGCAUCCCCAUCAUGCAAAUCGCCUGUAUUGAUCAGAUGUAAAGGCCAUGAUAGAGUGCAGCUGACAGGAGAGGGGUCAAAUGUUUGUUCUGGACAACUGGAAAUGGAAAAAGAUAGAAAAUGGAAAUCUAUUGAACCAAAAAGAUCUACUUCUGAUAAGUUAUGUCAGCAAAUGCACUGUGGUGACUCUGGUAACCUCACAAAGGAUGACCAAGGCUACCAUCUGACCUGUCCAGAUCGUGUCAGUGUGGUUCUGACGAAUGACAGAAACAGCGAAACCAAGUGCUAUGGUAGGGUCAGAAUAAAAGUGAAUAAUAGUAUUAAAACUACUUGCGGGACAGAUUGGACUUCAAAAAAUGCUGACAUGGUCUGCAAAGAACUGCACUGUGGGAAGGCCAUUAGUUAUAAAUCAUUAAGCCAAGACACAAGUGGGAUAUUGGACCAUGUGGAAUGCACAGGGAGUGAGUCUUCACUGUGGCACUGUAGAGCUAAGCAUCAGAAUAACAUAAGAUGCUCAUCUGUUCCUUAUGUUGUCUGUUCUGGGAGCGUGAAUGUGAAACUAGUGGAUGGUCCUGGACGUUGUGCUGGAAGUUUGAAGGUUCAGCAUGAGGACCAGUGGAAAACAGCCAUCAGUGACAAAUGGGAAGAGACAUUUUCAGCUGUUUUAUGCAAACAACUGAAAUGUGGAGACAGCGGAAAAAAAAGCUCUAAAACAUUAGACAAAGGGAUUAGUGAUUUCCUAACUUUGAGCUGUAAAAAGGGCACUCAAAUAUCCGACAUAUCUGAGUGCAUAACAGACAACAAAGGCACUCAAGACUACGAUCAAGUUGAAAUAACCUGUGAAAAGCACACGGUGAUUUUUCUGGAGGAGAGUAAACCAUGCUCUGGCACCGUGGGGAUCGAGUACAGGAACAAAACCCACUGGCUCUCUGGGUCAAACCAGACGUGGAACCAAAAUGUAGCAAACAUGAUAUGCCAGGAGUUGCACUGUGGGAAUGCUUCCAAAUUCUCAUCUAAACCUUUGAAAAACCAAACAUCUCUUUUGGUUGAGUCUCGUACUUGCUCGUCUAGCAACAAAUCUCUGCUUCAAUGUGACAUAAUGGAAGGUCACGAAUCUGACAGCAAUCAGACUCUAGCUUAUGUGGAUUGUGAAGGAAAUAUCACAGUAACUUUGACCCACGGCUGUUGGGGAAUAGUCAACAUUUCUACAGCAAGCAAGCAGGGCUAUGUGAGUAAAGAUGCCUGGACAGAAGCAAUGUCUGUACAACUGUGUAAAGAACUGGCGUGUCAGGAUAAGACCUUACCCACCCACAAAGGGUUAGGAGAAACUAUUCUUACCUUUAAGAGUUUGCAUGCCUUACGGACAGCCAGCAAACUGAGCCAGCACACUUUAGUUGAUGCAAACACCAUGCUUCGAAAAGAGCCAGCCUAUGUUGUUUGCAAAGGGAGCAUCAAGCCAAGAUUUAAGCCUUCUCGUGACAAAUGUUCUGGAAAUGUAGAGGUGUUUUAUGAGGGCAGUUGGAUCCCAGUGCACAAGGAUGCUCUUGAGAACAUUGAUAAUCAAAACACAAUCUGUGAGGAGCUAAACUGUGGAAAAGCUGUCACAAGAAUUGACUACUCAGGGCCUCUAGAGGUUAAUCAUUUGAUCAGAAGAUUACAGUGUCAGAAAAAUACUAAUUCGUUAGCAACUUGUCAAGAUGUUGUUGUUGAAAAGAUUGAGGGGACCCUACAAACCUCUAACCUCACAGGCCUCAAGUGCUCCGAAUGGAGUACCAUGGUGCUAGAAGUGGAACACUCCUGUAAAGGAGAAGUGGUUGUUUACUCUGAAGGAGUAAACAACCAAGAGACAAAACGAAGUUUCGUCUCCAGUCAUGGCUGGAGAGAAGCUGAGGGGGAGAGGCUUUGUAUGGAUCUGAAGUGCGGCAAAUACAAACUGAUUGAAAACAGGAUUUUUUCAGCUGAGGCUAAUUCUUUAUGGAGCCAAAGCUUUAAUUGUUCUUCUAAACCUGAAAGCAUUUGGCAGUGUGAGAAAAAGCAAACAGCAAUUUCACAGGAAAAUAAACUCUUCCUUGAAUGUGAAGAUGAACCAGAAGUUGUUCUCUCUGAAAAGUGUACUGGAAAGCUGACAAUAAAUGGCAGUCCUGUGUGCAGCAGUCAGUGGAAAACUGAAUAUUCACACAGAGUUUGCCAACAACUGAAUUGUGGCAACGCCAUUUAUUUUCAGCAGAGCGGCCCUCCAUCUACGGACUCCUACCAUGUCAACUGUGAUGAGCACAACUACCUCAUUGGUCAGUGUAAAAGAGUGAGAGGAAAGUGCAACUCAGGGUUUGUGUCUAUUUCCUGUGUAGGCAGUGUCUCUUUUAAGACAUCAGAAAAGUGUGGUGGUGUGCUUUCAAUUAAAUAUGGAAAACUCCCAGAGGAAGUGUGCGAACCCAGCAUUUCCACAGAGUUAUCAAAUAAAUUGUGUCAAAGUUUAAAAUGUGGCCCAUUUGAAAAAAUAAAAGGGCCAUCAAACCAACAGACGCCCAAAAUGCAAACAAGUCUUGCCUGCCCAAGUUAUUACAAAGAUCCAAGGUACUGUGCCAAAAGAGAGUCCUGUCCAAGUCCUUCUAUCUUCACCUGUAAAGGCUACCAGCCACCUACCCCGCCGCCUUCCACACAACCACCAGCAAAUCCAGUUCCCUAUAUUGUGGGAGUCCUUAUACUUCUUAUUCUGGUUGUAUUGAUUGUGAUAUUUGUGCGAUACCAGAUUAACAGGAGAAACAGGAAAUCCAUGGUGCCAUCGGACAUGGAAGAAGCAGACUGGGAUAGUGGAGAGUAUGAAGAUGUUGACAAAGAUGAAAUGGAAAGCUUCGGUCGUGGCAGAUUCAGAUCAGAAUCCGAAGUGCAAGGGGAGAAAGAUAUGGAUAGCAAUAGAUCCUAUAACUACGAUGAUAUUGAUGAGGUGACUGAGGCUCAGCCUCUGACACCUCAGGGCUCCAUGGUCCGUGCAACUGAAGACGAAGACAUGCAUGAAGGCAACGUUAAGCCAAGUGAUGAUGGUGUGACCUAUGAAGUGGAAGACUCACAGGAGAACUACGACGACAUUGAUACCAACCCUGAGAACUCUGAAACCACAGCAGAAGUCCACGAUGGGCCCAAACCUGCACCUGAAGGAGAUGCCGCAGCACCUAAAGACCAGAUCCAGAAAGAUUAAAACCGCUUUGUGUGGGGUCAAGUAUGGUGAGCCUGAGCUGGGUGUAAAUCAAACAAAAUUCUGCACAACAAAAUUGGAUAAUCCCAAAAUAUGGCUUUAAUUUAACCUGUAAGUGCUAAUAAUGAAAACUAAUAAUAAUGCAAAAACUGAAUGUAAAAAAACUGAAUGCAUUCCUGAGAAGACUUAUGCAUAGACUGAAGCAUUUGUCAUUUCAAAUCAUAAAUAAUAUCAGAGAUAUCAAAGCUGAGAAAUGUAUUACUUUAUGUUAGAACUUUAAUAAAUGCUUUACAACAAUAACAAGAUGAAGAACAUAAAAAAAAGUGACGCUAGCCCAUGGUAAAAAUAUAUACAUUUUAAAAUUUUUGUUUUGUUUUUAGUUAGAUGAGUUAAAUCUAUGGCAAAAAGGUCUGUCGCUUGCUUACAUCACAUUACAUUGGCGGGUUUCUAGGAGGUAUUUUUUGGAAAAUUCUAUCAAAUUAGUUAUUGUCAUAUCAAAAUAGGUAUAGGCAUUGUGUGCAAUAAAAGUACAAAGUACAACCAUUUCAAUAAAAUGUGUCUGUACACUUAUAUCAUUAGUUCAUUUAUUUUGAAAUGUAGAGACUAAUCAGUGAUAGUCAUUGGUUAAUCAAGUGUUACUGCAAACUAUAUCGGUUAAUGUCAAUUGUGACCCUAAUGGAGUUAAGAGUUCAACUAAGCUACACUGAGGUGCAUUGGCCUAUACCCCUUUACUUUUAAGCUUUGACUUGAUGAUGAAAGACAGCAUCAUGCUGAAGGGGGAAAAUACAAAGAAAUAUACAGUAAUCGUGCAUUGCUCCUGUCCCAGGGAAUGACUCGAAAGGUUGUUGCAAGUAUGGUAAAACAUAAAUCCGAGUGCAAGCUCAUGAUUUAAAAGAACAUGGCACCGCAUUCUUUAUUUUAAAGUUCAAGAGAGGUUGAGAUUUGGGCUGGUUUUUACUGAGGUGGCCGUGUUUUACUCUGUGUUUGGGCUGGAAACUGUCAUUCAUAUCUGGCAAUCCUGGUUAAAUCUCAGACAAAGGCCGACUAACUUGUUUCUCCUUACUGUAGAAUUACGUAUGUGCUAUGUUAAGCUACCUGGUAGGAUCGCUGGUUCCAUAUUUGUUAAAAAACUAUAUGAGUAAUAUCUGCUUUUUUAGUGAUAUUAACAUGCUCCCUCACCAUAACGGUGAGGGAGCAUGUUAACUUCAUGUUCUGUUUAACUUCAGCUGUAAGCACAGUGUAAAAAAACAGAAUUAUUUUAUUUUAAGGAUCAACAUGACUGCUAGGGUUGUUUUUUAAGACAAGCUUCGAAUUACAGUUGUGAAAUCCAUGUUAUUUGUUAAAAAUGUUUGAUAUCUUUAAUUAAGGUUUUGGUAUGUGUUUUUACAACUGUUUUAGUUUCAGUAUCCAUUUUAUAUAUUUUGGCUUUGUAAAUAACAACAUGCUCCACUGAGAAAGUGAAAUAAAGAAAUUUUUAACAUA